CACGUCGUCAUAGCGCAUGCGUACAAACACCAGGAAGUGAAAGACAGGGCUAAGGCUAACGAGGAGACAUGAAGCUGCAGCUAAAAAGUGUUUUUGUGUGUUUUACAAGCUGCCACGACAUUGACGUUUUGUCCACGCACUGAUCGAGUGCAGAGCAGUAUACGGGUGCUACAAUGGGCCAACGAAAGAGAGUGGCAGCUGUGAAUAACCCUUCAUCUCAGAGACACUCCGGGGUUGCUGCAGAGGCUCCCAGAGUCUGCAACAGAAAGCACAACAUCUGCAUGGUGUCGGACUUUUUCUAUCCAAACAUGGGCGGAGUAGAAAGUCACAUUUACCAGCUAUCCCAGUGUCUGAUUGAAAAGGGACACAAGGUGGUAAUUGCCACCCACGCCUAUGGCAGGAGGAAGGGUGUCCGGUACCUGACCAAUGGACUGAAGGUUUACUACUUGCCCCUGCAGGUGAUGUACAACCAGUCAACUGCCACCACCUGCUUUCACAGCCUCCCACUGCUGCGCUGUGUGUUUGUCAGGGAGCAAAUCACUGUGGUGCACGCACACAGCUCGUUCUCUGCUAUGGCCCAUGAUGCACUGUUCCACGCCAAGACCAUGGGUCUGAACACUGUGUUCACUGACCACUCGCUCUUCGGCUUUGCUGACGUCAGCUCCGUGCUGACCAACAAGCUUCUGACCGUGUCGCUGUGUGACACCAACCACAUCGUGUGUGUGUCGUACACCAGCAAAGAGAACACAGUUCUCCGAGCAGCACUCAACCCAGAGAUUGUGUCUGUUAUUCCCAACGCCGUUGACCCGACAGACUUCACCCCCGAUCCCUCCCAGCGCCAAGACGACAGGAUCACAGUUGUUGUGAUCAGCCGUCUCGUCUACCGCAAAGGAAUUGACCUUCUUGGUGGGAUCAUCCCAGAACUUUGCCUCAAACAUCCUGAUCUACAUUUCCUGAUCGGUGGAGAGGGACCAAAGAGAAUUGUGUUGGAGGAAGUGAGAGAGAAAUACCAACUACAUGACCGGGUGCGUCUGCUGGGGGCUCUGGAGCAUAAAGACGUCCGUGGCGUUUUGGUGCAGGGUCACAUCUUCCUCAACACGUCUCUGACCGAAGCGUUCUGUAUGGCCAUCGUGGAGGGAGCCAGCUGUGGGCUGCAGGUGGUCAGCACUCGUGUUGGGGGCAUUCCUGAGGUGUUACCUGAGGACUUGAUAACCCUGUGUGAACCCACUGUACGGUCUUUGUGUGCUGGUCUGGAAGCAGUCAUCGCCAGGCAGCGCUCAGGCUCCGUCCCUUCCCCUGCCUCCGUACAUGGACGUGUGCAAAAUCUUUACACGUGGAGAAAUGUUGCGGAGAGAACUGAAAAAGUGUAUGACAGAGUGGCUGGAGAGGAGGUCCUCCCUCUGGACAGAAGGUUACGGAGGCUGAGGGCUCACUGCGGCCCCGUGGCUGGCUCCAUCUUCGCCUUCUUCGCCGUGUUAGACUUUCUCUUCCUGCUGCUGAUGCAGUGGUUGGUGCCGGAUCGGGUCAUGGACGUCGCUGUGGACGCUACCGGCCCUCAGGGACUGUGGAGGCGGGAAACGGGCAGCAGAAAUGAAGCUUAUUCCAAACGUGCCAUGAAGCGAUUAGCAGAAAGAGAAACUUCAUGACGGUGGUACCUCCAUGCCUCUGCCUCACUUCAAGCUGUUUACAUGGUGGUGUAUGUAUUUUGGACUUUUUUUUUUACAGAGAUAGUGGAGAGAGAGGAAAUGUGGGUAAGGAGAAUAGGGGAAUGCAGAUACUCCAGCUGUGCACCUGGACCACUCCACUAUGCGAUCAGCUCUUUAUGUUGCCGACAUUCAUUUUAAACUUGACAACUGAAAGCUGAAUGUGCUUUUGUUGAUCUCAAACAUUGUUUACAUUUACUUAUCAGAAAGAUAGCCUGUGUGAGGGAAUUUUAUCUCAAACAUAGAAUGAGCUUUUAUAUUAAAACACUAAAAUCUAUGGCACUGCUGAAGAAUUUAAGCACUUUUUUUUAUUUGCGAUAUAAAGUAAAGGCAUUGCACUGAACAGACGGACUAAAAGGGCUGUGGAAACCGUUUGAUUUGCAAAUAAAAGUCAAUGUUUUUGUGAAGCUGUAUAUCGGAACACGUUGUUUUAAUUCAGGUUUUACAGACGCCACUCAUUUGUUUAUUCGUCUCACAUGAUGUUUAUAUGAAACCUUUGUUUCCCCCCCCCCCAGACAACUCAAACUGGAAAAUAAAACAUCCUUGCAAAUCUG